AUGGUAGAAGACACUGAAACCCAGGUUAGCACAAGCUCGAAGACCAAAGGGACCAGAAAGGGCAAGGCCACCCAGGCACAAGUUGACAACAACACUGCAAAUGAAAAUGAGCUGGAGGCUAUCAAUAACGAAGCCGACGAAGAUGCCAACUCUGACUCCGACUUCAAUGAUGGCAACAGGCAAUAUAGCUUUUGCACCCUAGCAAAGCUCCUAGAACCAGUGCUGAAACUCACGUCAUGCAACUACCACAGUUGGAGUGCCCAUGUAAAGUCCUUCCUCCGAUCUGUCCCACAUGCAAUGAAACACCUCGAGGGAACAUAUGACAAGAAGCACCUGAAAUGGAGCCACUCCCUCAAUGAUGCUUUAAUCAAUGCCCUGCAUGGAACAAUCGACACUACUGGAGAGCACAAUGUAAAUUACCUUGUUCUAGAUGUAAUCAAGGAUUAUCUUACUUUUAACCAAGUGUGGAGAAAGAUCGAAAACAGCCUUACAAAUGAAGCCAUCAAGACAUCCCACAGACUUGUGCUCAUCUCGCAGCUCGGUGAUAUAAAGAUGUUUCACUCAGAUGCUAGAAAGUUAAUUCAAGAGAUCUGGUCAAUACAGACCGAAAGUAGUCUCCUCGGCAAACCAUUUGCUGAUGACACAUUGUUCUCGGCUCUGCAGAAAUGCAUGAUCCGGCAUCCAGUGUACAAGGAGACAGUUGCCACCGUCCAUCAAAUUGAUUUUAACACCCUCACCACCACACUGAGCAUCUGA